AUGUCUCGUAAACGAACCGCUCUUCAAGCAGUCUGCGAGACUGAACUGGAUGAUCCUUUCCAGGGGGUCAAACAAGCGCUCAAAAAAUGUCAGCAGGCUAUCACCACAAGAUCCUGGGAUGUAUAUUCAUCGCAAGAAGACGUUGAUUGGAAGAAACAUGAAAUCGAAGAGGACGAGGCGGGACUCCAUUUAUACGAAAUGAACAUCCAAAGAGUCGAAUUUGAGAUAGAGAGAAAGCGAAGAGAACUCAGAUUGUUGGAACACAAAGCUCGUAUAUCCAGAGAUGAACUUGAAGGAUUCGAGAAGGAGGAGAAAUCACUAAGAGUGGCUCAAGACCGAGGAGAGGAGUUUUUGAAAACGCUUUUGAAGGCUGGAAAGGAUGAAUUGGAGGAAUUAAUCAAGGAGGCAUUGACUGAGGCAGAAUCUUCAUCUAAGGAAAGAAUGAAGAUGGAAAGUAGGGAGAAUGAAGGCGAUGUCUGA